GAGUAUGUACUUAUAUUUACUCUUAUCGUUUCAUUCUUAACUACUUGUUAUUUUUCUAAUGGUAUUUCUGGGAUCAGUUGUGAAAAGUUUCCACAAAAUCUCUGAGAUGAAGUUGAAAUAUCCUAUAACACGCCGUGAUAAUUCGUAUGUCGAUUAUUUUCACGGUGUUACAGUUGAGGACGCUUAUCGGUGGCUAGAAGACCCUAGCUCAUCUGAAACGAAGAAUUUCAUUGAUGAGCAGAAUAUAAUUAGUAAAACUUUUAUUGAGGAAGGAGAGGAUAGAUCCCGUAUUGAAAAAAAGUUAACUAAAUUGUGGAAUUAUACCAAGUAUAGCUGUCCUACAAAACAUGGGGCGUAUUAUUAUUUUUACAUGAAUUCGGGGUUGCAAAAUCAGAAUGUUUUGUACCAACAGAAACGACUCGAGGAUCAACCUAUCGUUUUCUUAGAUCCUAACACCUGGUCUGAAGAUGGAACUAUUGCUUUAACUCAAAAAUCUUUCUCUGAAGAUGGCAACUACAUGGCGUACGGAAUAAGUGAAAAUGGAUCUGACUGGCUAAAAAUUAAAAUACGCGAUGUUAAUUCGGGGUUGGACUUUGAGGAGUCUUUAGAAAAAGUAAAGUUUAGCGCAAUUUCCUGGACCAUUGAUAAUAAGGGAUUUUUUUACUCCCAAUAUGUUGAAAAUGAAAACUCUAUCGGCGCAGAAUUUAAACGAAAUGAGAAUCAAAAGCUAUAUUAUCACAAUAUUGGAAAAAACCAAAGUGAAGAUAUCUUGGUUGCAGAAUUCCCCGAAGAACCAUCUUGGCGCAUGUAAGUUGCCAUUUACAGGUCUAUCCUGCACGUUACCGAAGAUUUUGUAACCGGAAAUUUUUAUUACCAAAAAAUGUUGCCAGUUCUUGUCACC